AAUAAUAAUAAUAAUAAUAAUAAUAAAACCAGGCAGAUCUUAGUGUUUAAGAGUGUCACUGCAGUGAGUGCUCAUAAACCUCUGGACAUUAACUUACAUAACAAACAAAGGUAUCUACAAAGACCUGAGCUGCCCUACCAGGGAAGUGCUAGCUCAGCGGUUAAGACGGUGGAAUUCUGAUGGGAAGGUUGAGAGUUCAAAUCCCAGCACUGCCAAACUGCCACACUGCCACUGUUGGGCCCUUGAGCAAAGCGCUUAGCCCUCAACUGCUCAGCUGUAUCAGUGAGAUAAUUGUAAGUCACUCUGGAUAACGGCGUCUGCCAAAUGCUGCAAUGUAAUGUAAUGUAACUGAAAAAACAACCAAAAAAAGGGGCAAAAAGUGAACAUAUACAUCAACUUAACAAAGUAAACAGUAUGUCUGAAAGAACUCUGGGAGGUGCUCAUGCAGAUCUGCAUCACUGACGGAUACAGCACUGUGAGAAAAGAGGAAAUGACAGACUUGAUAAAGCUGAAAGACAGCAGACUGCAAAUAGAAAUGAGAAUCAGUAGGACUUUCCUCCUUGAGAUAGACAGAGCACAUUUCAAUAGACGUAAAGGAGUAGAAGUGACGUGACGCUGAAUUUCAUUCCACGAUGAAGAUCCUCCUCAUCUUCAUCCUCUGCCUUCUCUCAGGUCCAGUAGACUGCUCUGAUGUGAUUGGUUACUCAGGAGGAAGUGUCCUUAUGAUAUCUAAUAUCAACUGGUACACAAGCAAUAGUAAAUAUAUUUGUAAGGUGAAAGGAAACGACUGCAUCGAUAUAAUACGUGCUGAGACCAAACGCCACCAAACACAAGAAGGAAGAUUUUUUUUGUAUUCAAACACGUAUAACUUAUUCCUAGUACUGAUCAGAAAGCUGAAGCCACAGGAUGCUGGAACAUACAGAUUUGGAUUGGAGAAUCAGAGCAACGCCACUGUGAACCUAAAAGUUGUUAAUGAUUCUUGUUGUGCUGGGACAAAAUUAAAGACCGCUUUUGUUGGGCAGAAUAUCACCAUCACAUGUAGCUAUCCAGGGGAGUAUGAGAGUAACAUCAAGUAUGUCCUCAUGCUGGAUCACGACAUGAAUACUGAACACGUUGUUGAUACUGACAAAGAAUUUCAGAACGGAAGAUUCUCCAUUUCUGAUGACAAAAGUGCUAAAGUUCUCAGAGUGAACCUCAGCGAUGUGAGAGAAGCUGAUGGAGUAUUUUAUAUUUUUGGAGUGUGGAACAAAAAUGGGUCAGUCGGAUAUUACUCCUACUUUACAGAGAUUCAGCUGCAUGUAACAGGAUUGAGCACGAGCAUUCAACCAACAACAACAACAGGCACCGACAUGACGACCUCAGCAGCACUGACAGAAACUCCAUCUGCAGUGUGUUUCAGUUCCUCUGCCAUCAUCAUCGGUGUGUGUGUCUGUGUGGCUCUGCUGCUGAUUGGAGGAUUUGCACUGAUGAUCUACAAACUGAGACACAAGAGAACACAAGAUUAUACACCUUCAUCCAAGAGUAAAGACAAUAAACCAGUUACUUCUGAUCAUAACACCGAUUCAGCUCAUUUGUACGAAAAUUUCAGAAUGAGCUCAAUAUGAAUCUGCACCAGGACACAAACCAAUCAGACUGUUGAGCUGUUAUUCUUACUGUUCUGAGCUGCCUCGUAGUGCCUCAACUCCCAAUGCUGUAGUGUCUCUCUUCACCUCUUUAUAGGACUGAAACCUAAAAAACAAUGCUGAUCCUAAAUCCAUGCCAGUUUGAUCAGGUGCAGUUUCUGGAGGACUGCUAGCCAGUUUCUCUCUCUCUCUCUCUCUCUCUCUCUCUCUCUCUCUCUCUCUCUCUUUCUCUCUCUUUUUCUCUCUCUCUCUCUCUCUCUCUCUCUCUCUCUCUCUCUCUCUAUCGCUCUCUCUGUCUCUCUGUCUUUCUCUCUCUCUCUCUCUCUCUCUAUCGCUCUCUCUCUCUCUAUCGCUCUCUCUCUCUGUCUUUCUCUCUCUCUCUCUCUCUCUCUCUCUCUCUCUCUCUCUCUCUGUCUCUCUCUCUCUGUCUCUCUGUCUGUCUCUCUCUCUCUCUCUGUCUGUCUCUCUCUCUCUGUCUCUCUGUCUGUCUGUCUCUCUCUCUCUCUCUCUCUCUGUCUUUCUCUCUGUCUCUCUCUCUGUCUCUCUCUCUCUCUCUCUCUAUUGCUUUGUCUCUCUCUAUUUCUCUCUCUGUGUCUUUCUCUAUCACUCUCGGUCUCUCUCUCUAUCGCUGUCUGUCUCUCUCUUUCUCUGUUUCUCUCUCUCUUGCUCUCUUUCUCCCUCUCUCUCGUUCUCUGUCUUUCUUUCUCUCUCCCUUGCUCUCUUUCUCUCUCUCUAUCACUCUGUCCCUCUCUCUCUCUAUCGCUCUCUUUGUUUCUUGUAGUUUUUACAUUUGUUUAGUUAAAGAUAAAGUGAUGAUUGUGAGCAAGGUGUUAUGAAACUUAUUAUCUAUAUAAAUGAAACAUUAUCGAUGUAUAAUGACUGAUAAAUGAUAUUAUUAUUAUUAUUAUUAUUAUUAUUAUUAUUAUUAUUAUUAUUAUUAUUAUUAUUAUUGUUGUAAUGAUUACUUACUUAAUUGUUUCUUAACUAGUUAUCCAUUUUAUAUCAUGACAUUACUGUGCUUUAUUCUGAUCUGUUAUAGGAGUUACUUUAUUACAGUUUAAAUAUGAACCCAUUUAGUGCUGAGAUCUCGUUCAACACAUCGUACGCUCUGUUUCGAUUACGCUGUUGAGGCUUAAGAAGGAGAGCUAUAUUCCAAAUAACUGUCUAUAUCUAAUUGUGUAUUUCUGUUAUAUGUCAGUGAAAUUCUCUAUAUCAAUAAAAACACACUUCCUGUCCUUUAAA